AUGAGGUUCAGAUCGGAUCUCAAGAACACGCGCACAUUCUCGAAAUUGGUGGCCGCUCUUUCGUCCCUCGAGAAGAUCGCCUGGCUGCGUCUUGACGAUGAUACCGUUCGCUUCACGGUAAUCCCGGAUACCGGGUCGCAAGUUUGGGCCUCGUUUUCGCUGGACUUCAUCUUCGACAACUAUGCACUCCAAUCCGCCGAACCGAACAAUACCAUCAACCUCGAACUACCCCUAGGACCUCUCCAGCGCGCCCUCAAGUCCGCUCUAAAUGGCGUCUCAGCGUCGAUCCGCCUGACCAAGAAAGACGGUAUACCCGUACUAUCGAUGACAAUCACCACCACUGCCGCACCGACCAAGGAACCCCAGGGCGUAGCUCGUCUCGGCGCUAUAGGCGCUAACCCCGGCGUCGGGAGCCGAGAUAACUAUGACGACGAAGACGGAGUCUUCGCCCACGAACCCCUCGAGACAAGCUUACACCGCGAGCGCGAAAAAAUCGUCACGCAGGACAUCCCCGUGCGAGUCCUGCACCCCGACACCGUGGAAACCAUCAUGCAGCCCAAAGUCCGCGAACCCGACGUCCACAUCCAACUCCCCCCAUUACUCCAGCUAAAAGCAAUCUCCGACCGCUUCACCAAGCUAGCCCUAGCCUCCCGCGCCUCCACAUCCUCCAACACAGCAGCAGCAGCAGUAGCGCCAUCGUCAUCCUACUCGCCCAAGCUCGAGCUCAGCGCCAACAUGCACGGCGGCCUGCGCCUGCGUCUCGACACCGACACCCUCGACGUCGAGAGCCGGUGGUCCGGGCUCGAGAACCCGGAGCUGGACCCCGCGCAGCUGCCGUGCGCGCUCGAGGACCACCCCAGCACCCGGUUCCGCGAGGCGGGGCCCGACAAGUGGGCGACGGUGCGGGUGGAUGGUAAGGAUUGGAGUAAGGUGCUAAGUGUGGGACGUCUGGAGGGACGCGUUAUUGCGUGUUUUGCGGAUGAUCAUGCGUUGAUUAUGUAUGUGUACGUGCCGCAGUAUGAUGAUACGGGGGCGGAGGACUCGGUUGUUACGUACUAUGUGUCUUCGUAUAGCGUGUGA